AUUUGGUUAAGGAUGGUGUGUGAGUAUACAUCCCUCCUCCUUGUUUCUUUUCUCAUUCUUUUCCCUCUCAUUUGUUGCAUCCAUAGCCUAAAUCAAAACAUACAUAAACAACAACCUUAUAUAUAUCUUCUAGUCUCCCACUUCACUCUACCCAAAAAGAAAAAGAAAAAAAUUCUCACCAUAACACCAUCCCCUAACAUAUAUCAAUUAUGUAUACUUCAUUCAAGCCCAAUUCUCACAAUCACAAAUACCAGAAAGACCACAAUGUAACAACAACCACAACAACCAACACCAAAUACAGCGAGAUAUCACACUUCAGCCACAAACAACACAAGCUAGCGUUUGACUACUCUGAAUCCCCCUUCAAAUGUGACGGGUGCAAGGAACUAGGCAUAGGGUCACGCUACAAGUGCUCCAUCUGUGACUUUGAUCUUCACACACACUGUUCCAUUCCUUCUCCUUCUUUGUUCCACCCUUUCUACCCCAAAUGCUCCUUCCACUUCCUCUCCCAGCCCCCCGGCGACACUUCGCGCUACUGCAACGCGUGCGAGAAGCCGGUGAAGGGGUUCCUCUACCACUGCUUCUCGUGCGGCUUCGACCUCCACCCGUGCUGCGCGAAGCUUCCGACAGUGCUCGGAAGCGACGAGCACGGCGUGAGGUUGUUUUUGUACAGGAAGGUGAGCUCGGCGUGCCAUAGGUGCGGGCGGAAGGGGAGUGGGUGGAGCUAUAGGUCAUCGUGCAAGAGGUACAAUUUGCAUGUGGCCUGUGUGAGGGAGAUGGUGGUGGAGAGUUGGCAUGAAGGGGGUGGGUUGAUGAAUGUUGUGGAGAGUGGUUGUCAUAAGGGGAGGGGCAAAGGAAGUGGCGGUAGUAGGGUGAGGAGGUGUUGUGAGGUGGCCGGAAUGGCGGUGCAGGUGGCUGUGUCCGCGGUGCUGGGCGAUCCGACCGUUCUUAUUGCCGGAAUCAUGGGGUCCUUGAUGUCAAGGGCUUAAUAAAGUAAGAGAAAUUAUUAUAUAGUUGAAGAUGUUAUGAUGUCAAACUAAUUUAGAAAACUAAAGACUCAUACAUGUUAUUAUUUUUUUUAUUGUAUAUUAAAAAAUGUGACAACAUAUCAUAAAAAUUAGUUGAGAACAUAUGAUUCUGAACCAUAUAUACAAUAAUUUCUUGAUUGUCAUGAAAUUGAGAAUGGUCAGUUUAUGUUGUAUUUGUUGGAGAUGUACAAAUUAAUUAGUUAAGGGGUUAACCACCCGUGAAAAAAGAAAUAGAUAUAUUUCUUAAGUGUUUUU